GUGGCCACUCAACUCCGCUAAAUUUUUCACCUUUUUCACCUUUGUUCUGACCCCCUCUCACUCGUUCUCUCCUUUACAUUCAUUGUCAGACUCGUUAAAUUCGAACUCCCGCCCUCAAACUACCUGUUUGGGUCACUCACUCCGAUUUACAUACAACCCCUACUUACCACCCACUUUGCACAUUCCUACUCCUGAAUUAUUACCAAUCGGUCGACAGCAACUAUGCCUUCCGGUUCCACACCCAAUGGUCAUGUGGCCAACCAUGCCAAAGCUUACCUAUCACCUCAACAGGCCAUGGCUGAACUUGCAAGGUACCCUCAUGGCGAUGGAUUGUCCCUUGAACAACUCAUGAACUCUUCCAAAUUUGGUGGUUUGACAUACAACGAUUUCCUCUUGCUUCCUGGACAUAUCUACUUCAAGGCCUCUGAUGUUUCUUUACAGAUUCGAGUCACGAAGAAUAUCUUAUUGAACACUCCAUUCCUCUCUUCUCCAAUGGAUACCGUCACUGAAGAAAAAAUGGCUAUUGCACUUGCUCUACAUGGUGGUUUAGGUAUCAUACACCAUAAUUGUGCACCUGAGGUACAAGCGGAGAUGGUUAGAAAAGUUAAGAAGUUUGAAAAUGGUUUCAUCACCGACCCUAUCUGUCUCUCCCCAAAAGGCGUGGUUGGCGAUGUACUUGACAUCAAAGCAAAUUAUGGUUUCUGCGGUGUUCCCAUUACAGAUACUGGCAAAAUCGGCGGAAAACUUCUCGGUAUCGUCACUGGUCGUGAUGUACAAUUCAGAGAUCCCGAAGCUCCUCUUCAAGAAGUCAUGACUACCGAUCUCAUCACUGGUCAAGCCGGCCUGUCUCUUGACGAAGCGAACACCAUUCUUCGAGAUUCUAAGAAGGGUAAACUACCAAUCGUCGAUAAAAAUGGUAACCUCGUUUCCCUCGUCGCCCGUUCCGAUCUAUUGAAGAAUCAGAAUUACCCUUUGGCUAGUAAAGUACCAUCGUCCAAACAAUUAUAUUGUGGAGCAGCGAUUGGUACUCGCCCUGCUGAUAGAGAACGAUUGCGCUUGCUCGUUGAAGCAGGUUUGGAUGUUGUCGUGCUUGAUUCCAGUCAAGGGAAUUCGGUAUUUCAGAUCGAGUUCAUCAAGUGGAUCAAGGAAACGUACCCUUCACUCGAUGUUAUCGCGGGUAAUGUGGUGACAAGGGAACAAGCAGCGCAACUUAUCGCGGCAGGAGCGGAUGGAUUGAGGAUUGGAAUGGGUAGUGGAUCGAUUUGUAUCACACAGGAAGUUAUGGCUGUGGGUAGACCACAAGGUACUGCUGUUCAUGCAGUGUCAGAGUUUGCGCAGCGAUUCGGCGUCCCCACCAUCGCCGACGGUGGGAUCGCCAACAUCGGUCACAUCGCCAAAGCCCUCGCUCUCGGUGCAUCAGCAGUCAUGAUGGGUGGAAUGUUAGCAGGUACGACUGAAUCUCCCGGUGAAUAUUUCUAUCAUGAAGGUAAACGAGUCAAAGUGUACCGAGGAAUGGGUUCUAUAGAAGCUAUGGAACAUACUCAACGAGGAUCAGUGAAAGCUAAACAAGCUAUCCUGGGAUCAGACAAUGCAGCGACGGCAAGAUACUUCUCAGAGGCGGAUAGUGUAAAGGUAGCACAAGGUGUAUCGGGUGAUGUAGCGGAUAAAGGUAGUUUGACCAAGUUUAUCCCGUAUUUAUACACUGGAUUACAACAUUCGUUACAAGAUAUGGGUAUGAAGAGCGUUGUCGAAUUACAAAACGGUGCUAGGGAAGGUACGGUCAGAUUCGAGUUCCGUACCGCUUCGGCGCAGAUGGAAGGAGGAGUGAACGGUCUUAAUAGUUACACCAAACGCCUCUUCGCUUGA